AGUUUAUCUAAUCCAGAUGCGCUUUUAGAAAAAAUGAUCAAAUAUAAACCAACAGGUGGUACCAGUUUUAACAACGGAAUUAAGAAAGCUUCUCAAAUAAUUGAUAAUUAUCAUAAACCUUCCAAAACAAAUGUAGUCAUUUUUUUAUCCGAUGGAGAAGAUUCUACUCCAGAACAGGAUUUGCGAAUUCUUUCUAAUACGACCAGUAUAGUUGGUGGAUUUUUUGACUUAUUUGGUGGAAAUUCUCAUGACCAAGGGUCAUUGCAAGAAAUGGCAAAUAUUGCCAAAGGAUAUCUUCCAAAAUCAUCAAACAACAAAGAUUCGCUGAAAUGUGAAUAUGUUCGUGUAAUUGAUCAGAUUAAUCUUAUUGGCCAUUUUUAUGAGGAUACUGCAUGGCCCGCAAAUUAUUAA